CCCAGACAGGAGGAGGAAGAGGACCUUAGAGGGAGGAAGGAAAAGGGGGGCACGAGGGAAAAAGACAAGACAAGAGGACCCAGAUUAAGAAGGAAGAUGGCUGAGCCGGAGCUGAAAUCCAGGAGCAGCCGAGAGAGCGUUGCCAAGGCAGCCAGCCAGGAGAAGAUAGGGGCAGUUGAAUCAGAACCAGACCAAGAUGGUCUUAUUGUGGAGCAUCCAGCAUCUCCAACUACCCCCAUGGUCCCUUCUCCCACUAGCCCUGCGACAGACUCUGCCAAAGGGGAGAAGAUCGUGCUCAAACGCAGCAUCACCCUCUUCAAUGGAGUGGGGAUGAUCAUAGGCACCAUCAUCGGCUCUGGCAUUUUCGUCACUCCAACAGGCGUGGUCAAAGAGACCGGCUCAGCGGGGCUCUCCCUGAUCGUCUGGUCUGUCUGUGGGGUGAUCUCCACCAUGGGCGCCCUGUGUUACGCCGAGCUGGGCACCACCAUCACCAAGUCUGGGGGAGACUACACCUACAUCCUGGAGGUGUACGGAGAACUGGCGGCUUUUCUUAAGCUGUGGGUGGAGAUGCUCAUCAUCCGGCCCUCUUCCCAGUAUGUGGUAUCGCUGGUGUUCGCCACCUACCUGCUGAAACCUCUGUACCCAAACUGCCCUGUGCCCGAUAGUGCCGCCAAGCUCCUCGCAUGCUUGUGUCUAACCUCCCUGACGUUUGUAAACUGCAUCAGUGUGAGAGCGGCUACCAAGGUGCAGGACUUGUUCACAGCCUCCAAACUGCUAGCCUUGAUCAUCAUCAUCCUCUUUGGCUUCAUCCAGAUUUCAACAGGUGAUGUGCCGUACCUGACACUAGAGAAGUCAUUUGAAGGCAGUAAACUAGGAGUGGACAACAUUGUCUUGGCUCUAUACAGCGGUCUCUUUGCUUUUGGAGGCUGGAACUACCUGAAUUACGUGACAGAGGAGAUGAUCGAUCCAGAGAGGAACCUGCCCUUGUCCAUCAUCAUAUCGAUGCCUAUAGUGACGGUGGUGUACGUUCUGACCAACCUGGCCUACUUCACCACCAUCUCCCCCGAACAAAUGGUCGAGUCUGAGGCUGUUGCCGUGACCUUCGGGGAGUACCACCUUGGUGGGAUGUCCUGGCUGAUUCCUGUCUUUGUGGGACUGUCCUGCUUCGGAGCCGUUAACGGAUCCCUUUUCACCUCAGCACGGUUGUUCUAUGCUGGAGCUCGAGAGGGUCAGCUCCCUGCUGCUCUGGGAUUGGUCCACACAGACGUCUUCACACCGGUGCCAUCCCUCAUCUUCACAUGUUUGCUGUCCAUGAUGUACGCCAUCUCCAACGACAUUUUCUCUGUCAUCAACCUCUUCAGCUUCUUCACUUGGCUGUGCGUGGGUAUGGCCAUUGCCGGCAUGCUCUGGCUGCGCUUUACCAAGCCCGACCUCAGAAGGCCCAUCAAGGUUUAUCUUUUCAUUCCUGUGACCUUCGUUCUGGGCUGUGUCUUCAUGAUCUCGGUGUCCUUCUGGGCGGCUCCCUUUGAGUGCCUGAUAGGCACCGGCAUUAUUCUCACAGGCAUCCCGGCGUACCUACUGGGCUACAAGUGGAAAAAACCCCAUGUGAUCAAGAAGAUGUCGGAAAUCUUCACCAUGUUCUGUCAGAAGAUCUUCAUGGCUGUUCCUGAGGAGAGGGAGCAGCAUGAGGCGGCUGAAUAACGCUGGACACACUGAAGGACUGACUGUCAAUAUUAUCAUCUGAACAUCCUUCAUAUGUUUACAUUCAUUCGCUUGUGAUUUGGCUAACGCAGUUUUUUUGUGAAACUUGAACUAUCCAGGCAGGGAGCUGUGGAACACAUUUGUAAUGUGCAAAUGCAGGCUGGAAAAUGACGGAGUAUUUACGUAUGCUCUUAUUUAACCUUCAGAGUAACCAACAUAUUUUGAUUACACUGCAAAAUUGGAAAAAUAUAUGUCAGACUGUGACAUUUCCCACUUGCCUUUCCUCUAAAUUUGAAAGUAUUUCCUAAAAUGCUAGAACAGGAAUGCAUUAGUUAGAAAGUUAAUGGAGAGCUGAGUAAGUGUUGCAGACACAUCAUUUAAUGUGUGCGUUUGAAGCUCCAAACAAUUCACUCUGGUGGCCUAAAACUUACAAGUUAAUGGUUAGUAAAUACUUUCUUCUAGUGGACUAAUUUGCAGUAAAAAGACCUUUCCUUAGAAACGUACAGUGGACAGUAUAAAAAUAGGGUCAGGGUUGGAAGAGGAAAUCAUUAACAAGCAUAGCACUUAUUACAUUAUACUCAGACUACUAAUAUUUGUUUUCAUGACUCCAAUAUUUGUAUGUUUUUGUAUUCAUUUGAUAAAUGAAGUCAUAGCACCAUGUAAAAGCGCAAGCUAAAGUGAGUUAAAACUGUGUAUAUGUCAUGUUUCCUGGAGAUGUGUUGCUGUGAAGUAGGUCUGUUUGCCCGAUUCAAUGCUCUGUACUGUAUGUGACGAUAUUUGAUGAAAUGACUGUGGAUACCAGCAGCUGUGGCAUUAUAAGAAACUAAUGACCUGCAUAGAUGUCAUUUUGGUUGUAUUUAAAAAGCACCAUUGUAGUUUUUGUGUUUUGUAUUGCUUGUAUCUAUGAUCUGUGCCGGCUAUGUCGGUGCUGAUAUUCCAUUUGUUAUGUUUUAUUGUUACUAUAAGACCAGAAUGAAUGUUGCAAAUUAAGUGACAUCAGUUUUGCCUUUAUAUUUUACUGAUAAAUUCUUACUUUUUAACUGAAUAUUUGAGGUUUUCCCCAAAUUAUUGAAAGCACUUUUCAACUCUACUUAAGAUACCAGAGGAAAAUAUAUGGAGGUUUUGUUUGUUGGGAAAAGCUUAUAAUAGAGAUUCCACUUUAACAUCACAAAGUCUGGGUUUUGCCAUUACAUCUACCAAAAUUGUUAAUAAUAAUUCAUACUGAUUGAAGACGCCCAACAAAAACACAUGUGCCAUUCCUCCAAAAUACAUUUUAGGUAAAGCUUUCGGAAAUAGUCUCCAACAUUUUAAUUGACAGAUAAAAUGUUGUGUUUCUCUUUUGAGAAACACAAGCACUCCUCAAAGAUCAUUGUGUUAGUAAAGGGAAUUUGGAGCAAGGCAGCACAACAAAGUGGACAAAUAUCAAUCGAAAUAAAAAAAUACCACCAUGGAUAUACAUCAUCAUACAUAAAGGUAGAAGGAAGAACGUGUAGUCUGCUAGAGCUAAAGAAAAGUUGAUGGGAAAGUUUAUUGAACAUUUGGGAACACGUUGCACCUUUUCCACUACACAAUUUAUCAAUGUUUAACUGUUAGAUAGCACAACAGUAAACAGCACAAUAGUUCAAUAAUUAAUUAUUUAUGUGCCCUUUAUUACAACCUAUGAAAAACAUAUUUUAUCAUUGAUUGAAUGAAAAAAUUGUUUAUAAAGACCACAUCAUAUAUUUCAUGUCAUGCAAAACAUACUGUAUCUCGACGUACAAAGUGGUACUGUUUGUAUAAUUAAGUCCUUUAAAUGUAUACACCUAAUGCAAAUGUUAUGGAGAAAAGACUAGUAUAGCAAAUUUUGUAUCUAAAAAAUGUCAUUUUUUGCGAGUGUUGUAUGUCAGUGACCUUGGCGGUGCCUGUAACAAUAAAAAUAUUUUUGUUCAAA